CCCACCACGCCGCGAAGUCGGCCGCGGCCGGCCUCGGCGGAAGGCGGCCCUGCCGACGCCUCGGAGCAGGUGUCGAGGGUCAAGGACCUGUUCCAGCUGCUGGUGACGUGCUCCAGCUCGUGCAAUGCGGUCAAGAAGGUGGCCGUGCUCGCCCCGGUGGUGUACGAGCUGUACUCCCUGGUGGUCGAGCGGCGGAGCUUGAAGAAAGAGGUGGAGGACUUGCUGGAGGUCGUGGUUAGUUACAUCAGCAUCUGUAGCGGCGGGGAGUUUGAGGAAGAGGAUGAGUUGGAGCCCUCGAGUCCGUGCUUUUUGGAUUUGAUUCGUGUCUGGAUGGUCGAUAAGCCGAAGAAGGACGCGAAAUCGUUCUUUCCGGUCGUCAGCGAUGACGUUCGCAUGGGGGUUUGUAAGGAUUGCGGCACCGGCAUGGGGCGCUUGGCUGGGGUUGUCAUGGCCGAGGUGUUUUUGUUGAGGUUGUGCUUGAAGUUGGAUGCCCAGACACUGCGCGCCGAGUUGGAGAGGGAUAUGCAUAGCUGGGCCGUCCAGACCAUCGCUGGAUUUAGGAACUUUUACUUUUUCGGUACUCUUCUUAGCAUGCUCUUGGAUCCAGUUACACCCGUGACAUUGCUGCUAAAAUUCAAGGAUGAAAUUGUCUUACGAGAAGUCCUAUAUGAUGCCCUGAUAAUGGUGAAUUAUCCAUUUCUGAGCCCUCAAAAUGGGAGAAAGCUUCGUGACGAGGUUUUGAAGAGCUCGGCUGUCUUGUUGUUGUUGGUAGCUGAAAGCGCCAUGCAAUUCAUUAGGGAAAAUGGUGACCGUAGCAAAGUAGACUCCUAUAAGGAUGCAGUCUCUAAAUCCUGCCUACCUUCCCAAUUGCUCAAAUGGGUGACUUGUCAAACUGGUCCGGGGGGAAUAACCAGCAGACCAACGGCAUCGACUCCAGCAGCACUUAUUAAGUGGCUGCUGAUUGUAGAGGAUCUAGGGAUUAGAGUCUUUGACAGUGAUAUUUUGAAGCUUCAUGCGAAGGCAGUAGUUUGCAAGUCAAGAAUAGAGUAUGAGCUCCCAGACUUCAAGCUAAGAGGUGACAAUUUUGAAGAUGCUUUUGUCCUCUCCCCAUAUAAAGAGGGCAUAGUGGAGGAUACAAUUGAUGAUGCUGACCUGGAUAUGGUUGAUUCUGAGGAUGCCACUUUCACGGCUUACACUUGUCCGGUAGUGUUAACAAGUGAUGGUACUAGAAAGCGCAAAGAUGGGAGGAAGGAAGAAGGGAAUAUACCUGUUAAAUUCCUCAGAUCUCAUAUUCACGAGAAUGUAGCAAAAUGCAAUGUCUUUCACUCAUGUGUUGGUAAUGGCUUAAGCAGUAGGAAUGAGGAGUAUAGUCCCAUCCUCCAGGAAGAUCCAUUACGUAUGGAACAUUAAGUUCAAGAGGCGUGGCACAUCCAAAGGCUAUAGGAUGUGUAAUUUUGGUUUGGAAUUCUUCUCUUUUGGUCAAGCUCGAGAGGCUUGCUUAGGCCCUCCCACUGCAUCUUCCUUCAGCUGCGGAAAAGAUGUUUUAUCCUUCCUCAUAGAAAUAUUCCUAGCGUGGCACUGAUUCAACCUAUGUUCGUUCCGGCUCUAAAGUUCUAUCUUCGAGCUCGAAGAGGUUCUAUGAUUUGCAUUCUGUGAUCAUUUUACCAUCUUUGAGUCGAUUGGCCAUUUCUAUACUUCCUCUCGGGCUGCACUUUUGUUUCUCGGCAGACCUUAUUAGUUAAUGGUAUAGAUCUCUGAUAGUAUGAGUGCAUUGAGAAAUUCUCCUAUUUUGUUGCUAGGAGGAGCAAUCCAAACCUUUCGAGAGCAUGUGAUCUCGGUCUUCCAUUCCAAUCGAAUUACUGUAACACUAUAGAUAAUACAAGAACAUAUUUACACAAUCA